GUACCCAGAUGGUACCCAGAUGGUGCCCCCCUGCCCUCGCCUGCCCUCGUCGAAUUCCUGUGCUACCGCCCGCAUCCGCGCUGUCAACUUUGCAACCCGAAAGCCCCACCUCGGACCGCCACAUACCCCCAUACACAGACACACACACACCGCCUCCUGACCCCGUCGCUUCUGGUCGCACAUACCCCGACGAGUCCAUGGGAUUAGACGCUCGCUGGUGUCAAUUUUUUUUUUUGCCAUAGCCCCUCAGAGUGCAAUCUCGUCUCUGCGUAUUAAUGCACAGCCCAUCGCCCAUACUUAUAAGUCGGCAUGGAUACUGGACCCCCCGACGCGAAACGCAUACGAGCUGAUCCGAGUCCUUGGUCCGCGAACGCGAUCGACUCCCAUAUUCAUAGACAUCCCCGAGGACACCCCUACCCUCAGACAACGCUCCCGCGACAACAACGUCGACUAUCAGGGCCCUGGCAACACCACGAGCCGGACAAUACCCGCCGACAUCCACAAGCCCAUCCCUACGACUCUUACGGAACGCCAGGGCCUCGAGAUCCAGCUAUAAAGCCAGAUCCCAACGAGCCACCCCCGUUGCCCAACCCGAGGCCACACUCGGAGGGACACCGCAACGAGGGCCACGCCAAUAUCCCCCCGGGCGACCUGCGCGUCCAACCCAUGAGACCGUACGAUCACCCGCCGGCCCCGUCACAGGGCCCCCAGCAUUACAUCCCGCAACCGCAACAGUCACCGAUGCACACGCCUCGGCCAGGGCAGCUUGCCUACGACGGAAACGGUAUGUACGAGCAGAAUGGAGGAGACGGCGCGUCGGGGGUUCCAUUCGAGUAUACGGGGGUCGCGAGCGCGCUGAAGAAGCGAACGCCACGAACCACAAUGGCUUGUGACGCAUGCCGCGCUGCGAAGGCGAAGUGUACCGAUCCCAAACCGUGCCAGGGAUGUAAAGAUAAAGGCAUCGAGUGCAAAUUCCCUGAGCCUGCCCAGAAACCGGCUGAUAGGGCACAGUCGGACAUUAUGACCCGUAUGACUGAGCUUAUCAAGGAGGUCCAAGAUUCGCGCGCGAGUGUUGUGCGUGAGGUUAGGCAGCUUAGGCAUGAGGUUACGAGACUGCAUGGUCGGCAAAGGGUCAUUGAAAGGGGGCUUUGCCCAGCUAAUCCUGGCCUGUCCGCUCUUCUAGUCGCCCAUGACGAAAGGACGCGCCUGAUCAAGAAAGAAGACGACGCUGAUGACCUAUAUGAAUUGGAACGACCCACAAAGAUGCACAAGUCGGAAACAAACGGCGUACGUUUCGCCCACGCCGAAGAUGAUGUCCUUGGGGAUGAUGCGCCGGAUUCGGAUGAUGGGAGCGAGAACCACGCCGUUGCCAAUGUGCCUCCUGGCGAACCAGCGAUACCCGUCGGCCACACCACUGGAGCUGCCAAUAUCAUCCUGUGGCCCGCAGUGUGGACCAUGGUGGGACAUCCGAUGAAGGGAGACAAAAACAGAGGCCUCAACCCGCUACGGCGCGAGAUUAAGCGCGGAGUUAUGCGUCUGUACGGGCGUGGCGAGGGUUUUGAGCGGUCAGUAGGACACGACAAGGACUCCACGUCAGACUACGACCUCGAACCUCCGAGGUCGAGCAGCGACACGUAUUCUGAUUCGGCACAUUCACUGACAGUUGAGCAUAAUUGGAGCCAAGGCGCACAAAGCCCUGUGGCAGACUCCUACCUAUUCCGCGCCGAGAGCGAUGCUAGAGCGGCUGCUGUGAACACCACAGCCCCCCCGGACCUAGAUGAAAAAACGGUGCGACACCUAGCGGGGAGCUACAUGAAUUAUCUAAAUGUCAUGCAUCCAAUCAUAACCCAGAAGUCCCUCGACGGGAUGAUUGCCAAAUUCAUGCGGAAUAUGCAGAAUGCGGGGGCGACAGAGAAAGAUGGAGCAGGGUACAACUUCGCGUCGUUUGCCGGUACUGAUACCACCGGUUCCAAGCGCAAACGGCUGCCAACGGUCUCAGGCACCGAUCAUGCUUUUGCCCCACAGCUCGGCCACGGGUGGCGCCAUCGGACAAUCAGCGAGGCCAUCGUGCUCUUGAUCUUGGCUUUGGGUAAGGUGUGUGAGCACCGGAGCAAGAUCCCCGACGUCGUUCUAGACAACGGUAGCUCGAAUCAUGUCUCGCCCCCGAUAAUGAACCAGUCGCCGCAGAUGUCAUCGCGCUCAUCAAUGUUGCCGUCGCCAAUUAUGCAAGACCGGGCGCAUCAUCGCAGCUCAAGCGACAUUGCCGGUGCCCGAUACCCACCUGGCACGCGUAACAUCGAUGUUAUACCUGGCUUGGCGUAUUUUGCCGCCGCCUCGGACAUUCUGGGGAACCACCAAGGUGGCACAGGCCUGCCAUACGUUCAUGCCUGCUUGCUUGCCGGCUUGUACCAUAGCCAACUUGCCCGUGUGCUGCAGAGCCACGCGUGUGUGAAGGAGGCUGGAUAUGCGCUGACCAUCAUGUUGAAACCACAUCUUCCACGUUAUAAGCAGAUGCUAGAGGAUAUGGGCGACGUAGUGCGGCGACCUCAGAUCAGAUGGCUUCCGGAGGAUAACCCCACCCUGUUUACGUUCUGGACGUGCCUUCAGCUAGAGAGUGACAUCGUCGCCGAGCUGGAAGUACCACAAUCGGAUAUCCUCUCGCUUGAGUCUAUAAUGCCGUGGCCGAACUUGACCAUGGCCCAGAAUAACAACGAGAUAUCCGCGAAGGCAUCAUGGUGCUAUUCCAUGCAGCUCGUAUACCGGAAGAAACUUAAUAUCAUACACCGUGAUCUGUAUGGUCCAGGGAAGGAGGAUGAGUAUCAGCUUGCAGAAAUGAACAGGCUCCCAAAGUUUCCUUACAUCGAGGCGAUGAUCGAUGAGCUACAGAAAGUGAUGAACACCAACCCCAACCUCGUGUGGGGCGAUGACGACCCUCCAUCCUCGGACAUCCUCGAGGCCCGGCUGCGUGCUAAGAUGUACGGUGCGGAGGUUAUCACGACCCGUCAUUUCUUGCGCAUGGUGCUUAACAGCCAAUACGAUGGGAAUAAAAAUGUGGUGAUCUCAGCGCCGAUCAUGCAGUUUGCGCAGAGGUGUAUUCGCGCCAUGUUCCACUCAGCGCAGGCGUUUUGGGGAAUCCAGGGGGGAAGGCUUGUGGUCACUAAUGUUUGGGGGACAUCGCAUGCCCAAUGGGGACAUCUCAUCGUCCUUCACGCGGCCUACAGGGACCUCCGGUUGCGCCCUUACGUUCCCGCGCGCCAUCUAAUGGAACUAACCAAGCGGGUACGCCAAUUCCUCGUGUCAGCCGCGCACCCAAGUAGUGCUCUUGCGGACGAUAUUCGAAUCCUAGACUAUGCGACUGAAGCGUCGGGGUUGCGGGAAGAUAUGGCGGCGAUGUCGAGGAGAGGAUCGCAAGGCGGGUCAAGAGGCGGAUCGGGUGGAGUGGCGGGGAGUGGUUUUGGAUCAAAUGGCUCGGAUAUGGGGGUCGCAUAUUAGGGCAUAAGGGGCCGCGGCGUGGGAUUGAGGUUCACGAGCAUGGCGCACACCGUCCAUGGCACAUAUUUUGGGGACCCUUGCCCUGCUAACCUUGGUUGCGGCAACGGACGAAUCCGACAGCCCCGCAAAUAUCGGGCACGCGUGGAACCUGCGACUCAUUACGGUGUAUAUGUACGCAUAUAUCUACAUCUACCCAUCCUGGCACCGCGCACAACAGCACGCGCAUACAGAUUAUAUACUUUACCUCAUCUAAUUUCAACACAUAUAGCACGGUGACAACACAACACAUCACCUUCUCUGGCGCGGCUGCAACCGAUAGGUAGCGCGCAACGUACAUAUACACUUACGCAUAUACUUACUCACGUCCAUACCCACACCUGAACACAUGAAAACCGGACAUCAGAACCGAGGAUGUGGAUAGGUGAACGGGGUGGACGGGUGGACGGGACGCACGGAUAGGCGCAUGGACAGGGCGGUUAUUUGACAUAAUGUUUUUUUUUUGGCGGCAUUUGGAUUUACUUUCGUGCAUGGUGGGGGAGGUGGAUGGAUUGGGGGGGGGUACCUUGGAAAUGGAGGGGCAACAAG